CUCUCGCACACACACACAGACAAUGAGAAGAGCUUCGACUCUCGCUGCCUCAGCCCUCUCCCGGGCACUCCUCUCCGCCAACGAAGGCUGCGCCACCACCGUCCAACCCAGGCUCCUCCAGGCCGCGUUAUACGGCACCACUACAUCAUCCACUCGUCGUUGGUGGUCUAGUUCCAUCUCUGGCUCAGCCAAAGCUGUGUCCCUUGGCCUAGCCGGAGCUCUGGCCACGGUUGCCGGAGUGGCCACAUUGUCUCAAGAGGUGUACGCUAAAGAGCCUCCAUCGCCUGAAGCCGUACCCAAGGAUGUUAUUCUUUAUCAAUAUGAGGCUUGCCCAUUCUGUAACAAGGUCAAAGCUGUCCUGGACUAUUAUGAUAUACCGUACAAAGUUGUGGAGGUGAACCCAAUUAGUAAAAAGGAAAUCAAAUGGUCUGAUUAUAAGAAGGUCCCCAUAUUGAUGGUGGAUGGGGAGCAGUUGGUUGACUCAUCAGCAAUCAUUGAUAAGUUGUGCAACAAGAUUCUUCCUGAGAAAUCCACUAAUUCAGUCCCUGAUGACAAUGAAGAGAAAAAGUGGCGCCAGUGGGUUGAUAAUCAUUUGGUGCAUAUCUUAUCACCAAACAUCUACCGAAAUACAUCUGAGGCUUUGGAGUCCUUUGAUUAUAUCACUAGCAAUGGUAAUUUCACCUUCACCGAAAAAAUUACUGUUAAAUAUGCUGGAGCUGCAGCUAUGUAUUUUGUGUCCAAGAACCUGAAGAAGAAAUAUAACAUUUUUGAUGAACGUGCUGCCUUGUAUGAAGCUGCAGAAACGUGGGUGGAUGAACUUAAGGGCCGGGAGUUUCUUGGGGGUUCGAAGCCUAAUUUAGCUGACCUUGCUGUCUUUGGGGUGUUAAGACCUAUACGUUAUUUGAGGUCGGGUAGAGAUAUGGUGGAACACACCCGGAUUGGUGAAUGGUACUCAAGAAUGGAGCAUGCCGUGGGAGAGUCUUCAAGGAUCAAGACCUAG